UAUCAGCAUCGGGUAGAUGAACCACCGAAGUCUUCCUUUUGAUUACAAGUAUUGAAUGUCGAACAUCCUGAGAUUUCAAUCCUGCAGCAAUACAGCAGCAAGCCUACCCCCUACUUACCACUCAUUUUUUCACAAGAGAGCCCACACAACACCAGAAUGGCGACAAGCAACGAGCGAGGCUUACGGCCGGGCGUGUAUGCCGCGACAAUGACAUUUUUCCAGCCGGAGACGCACGACCUUGACCUCGAGACGCAAAAGAAACACAUUGUCCGUUUGGCAGAUGCUGGUUUAUCUGGAAUCAUCGUCAUGGGCUCCAACGGCGAAGCCCCACACCUUGACCGCAAGGAGAGAGUAGAAGUCGUGAAGAGCGUCGUCGACGCCUUGAACAAUUCAGGGCACUCCGAUUUGCCCGUCGUUGUUGGUGCUUCUGCACCGUCGGUGCGAGAGACGGUUGCUUUGUGUCGCGAGGCGAAGGAAGCAGGCGGCUCACACGUGCUCAUACUACCUCCCUCGUACUUCACGGCAGCGAUGACACCGGAUACGAUAUUCGAAUUCUACAUGGAGGUUGCUGCUGGAUCUCCGCUUCCGGUUAUUCUCUACAGCUUUCCCGCCGUUACUGCUGGGAUCGAGAUGAGCUCUGACCUCCUGAUCCGCAUCUCGAAGGGCCAUCAGAACAUUGUCGGAACCAAGUUCACUUGCGGCGACACCGGAAAGCUUGCCCGAGUUGCUCGUGCUAUGGAUGCAAAGACGCCCUCCCAGCCACACAAGCCCUAUUGGGCUGUCGCUGGGCUCGCCGACUUUUCACUCCAAGCACUGGUAGGGGGAGCAUCUGGGGUCGUGGCUGGAGGAGCGAAUGUACUUCCCAAAACCAGCGCGAGGGUGUACGAACUGUAUCGACAAGGCAGAAUUGAAGAGGCUAUCAAAGUACAGUCCCUGCUGUCUGAAGGCGACUGGCCACACACGGCGGCGGGAAUUGCGGGCACCAAGGCAGUCUUGCAACAGGCUUUUGGCUACGGAGGCCCGCCAAGAUCGCCACUGCGACAGCUGUCCACCCAGGCAGCGGAUUCAGUGGCCAACGCCAUGCGGGAGGUGCUCAAAUUUGAGAAGAGCAUCUGA